CUCUCGUCGUCCUCGCCGCCAUCGCUAGCAAGAAACCAACCUGAUCAGGGGGAGGAUUUGGAGUAGGGAAGUGAGCAAUCGAUCCGCGGCCAUGGACCCGUGCCCGUUCGUGCGGGUGCUGGUCGGGAACCUCGCGCUCAGAAUGGCGGUGGCGCCACCGGCGGCCGGCGCCGGGGCGGGGGUCCACCCGUCGACGUCGCCGUGUUACUGCAAGAUCCGGCUGGGAAGGAUGCCGUGGCAGACGGCCGCGGCGCCGCUGGUGGUCGCGGACGGGGGCGAGCAGGCGCCGUCGUCGGGGACGCUGGCCGCGGCGUUCCAUCUGUCCAAGGCCGAGCUGGAGUGGUUCGGCCGGAAGCCGUCGCUGUUCUCGUCGUGCCGCGGACCGGCGGUGCUGAAGGUGGCGGUGUACGCCGGGCGGAAGGGGACGACGUGUGGGGUCAGCUCCGGGCGGCUGAUUGGGAAGGCUACUAUUCCGGUGGAUCUCAAGGGCGCCGAGGCGAAGCCCGCGGUGCUGCAUAGCGGCUGGAUCUGUAUCGGGAAGAGUGGCGGGAAGGGUGGGUUUGCAGCCGCGGAGCUCAGCCUCACCGUGCGUGCGGAGCCGGACCCGCGCUUCGUGUUUGAGUUCGACGGCGAGCCGGAGUGCAGCCCGCAGGUGCUGCAGGUGAGGGGCAGCAUGAAGCAGCCGAUGUUCACCUGCAAGUUCGGGUGCCGCAGCAACAGCGACCUGCGGAGAUCGAUGGUUCAGCCGGAGCGGGACGCGGCGGCCGGGAAGGAGCGGAAGGGGUGGUCGGUGACGGUGCACGACCUGUCGGGCUCACCCGUGGCGCUGGCCUCGAUGGUGACGCCGUUCGUGGCCUCGCCGGGGACGGACCGCGUGAGCCGCUCCAACCCGGGGGCGUGGCUCAUCCUCCGCCCCGCCGGCGACGGCUCGUGGGAGCCCUGGGGCCGCCUCGAGUGCUGGCGCGAGCGCGGCGGGGCCGGCGCCUCCGACAGCCUCGGCUACCGCUUCGACCUCCUCCUCCCCGGCGUCGACCACGCCGUCCCCUUGGCCGAGUCCUCCAUCGGCGCGUCCAAGGGCGGCAAGUUCGCCAUCGACCUCACCUCGAUGCAGCCCCAGAGCCGGGGCGGCACGCCGGGGUGCAGCCCGCGAGGCAGCGGCGACUUCAGCCAUUGGCCACUCGCUAGCUACAGCUACCGUGGCUUCGUGAUGUCGUCGUCGGUGCAAGGCGAGGGGCGGUGCAGCAAGCCCACCGUGGAGGUCGGCGUCCCGCACGUCGGGUGCGCCGAGGACGCGGCGGCGUUCGUUGCGCUGGCGGCGGCGGUCGACCUGAGCAUGGACGCGUGCAGGCUGUUCUCGCACAAGCUCAGGAAGGAGCUCUCCCACCUGCGCUCCGACGUGCUCCGGUGACCGGAACCCACCGCCUUCCACGGAUCACGAGCAAAUUGUACAUAAGUAGUUGAGACUCUUUUGACACGAGAUUGUUCGUUCGUUCGUUCGUUGGUGUAGUGGUAGUUCAGUUUUGGUGAUCAGUUGGUUGAGCUUAUUAGAUUAGAUCACUUUUUCUGUGAUUGCUAGUAGUAGUAGUGUGUGUGCAUCUGCGAGCGAGUGUUCUGUUUUUCUUGGGUUGGCCUCUUUGCUUCAAGCCAAUCUUGGUGCAUUCCUUUCCAAUGUCCAUAAUCGAGAGAAAUUUGUGAUC